CAUAGACGGUUUCAAAGUGGACUUUUAGUGUGAAUAUCCACCCCUGCCGCCCUUCUCCUUCUCCCAAGCUGGCUGUCUGUCUGGUGUGCGGGCGAUGCCGGCUGCGCAAAGAGUGUGCGCUGUUUGCAUCCAAGGAGGCACCGCGCAAACACACACAGGAGGAGGAGGAUGUUGUGCUUCUCUGCUGAUAUGACUCUUCACGCACUGCCACUUACCCCCCACGGCUCUGCUGGGAGAGGGCACCGUUUCUAGUUGGAAAAAAAACUAACUUUUUUUUGGUCCUGAUUGUGGCUGAUGCGCGCCAUGUGCGCCAGUGUGCGUCACCGAUGAACGUCUGAGAACGUGACCCGGACGCGUGUGAGGGGACGCGGGGAGAAGAAGCGCACCCAGUCGCUGUUACGGUGUCGGUGUGGAAGUUGUUUGCUCCCCGCUCUGGGUCACUCCUGCUGGGGUGAGAGGCAGCAGCAGACGGGAUAAGCGAGGAGACGAACAGACACCAAGAAGCUCCGGCUGACCUACUUUUUCUUAAAAAAUGGAUCCUCUCGUUUUUGUGGACACAUAAACUGGCUGUUGUCAGUUUCUAGUUUUAGCGCGGAGUGAAUCUGCUUGUCUUUGACUUUUUUCCCCGCACUGAAUUUGAGGAUUUGCGCGCCAGUCGUGGAUGUUUUAAUAUGCUAGAAUGAGUCCACUAGCCUUCAUCCUCGUAGGUGGAUUAUUGUGCUAUAAAGUUGAUGGAUCCCGUCUGCGCCAGGAAGACUCGCCGCCCCGGAUCGUGGAGCACCCCUCUGACCUGAUCGUCUCCAAAGGCGAGCCGGCCACCCUCAACUGCAAAGCCGAGGGCCGCCCGACCCCGACGGUGGAGUGGUACAAGGAUGGCGAGCGGGUGGAAACGGACAAAGACGACCCUCGCUCCCACCGCAUGUUGCUGCCCAGCGGCUCGCUCUUCUUCCUGCGCAUCGUGCACGGGCGUCGGAGCAAGCCGGACGAGGGGGCGUACGUGUGCGUCGCCCGCAACUACCUGGGCGAAGCAGUCAGCCGCAACGCCUCGCUGGAAGUAGCAUUGCUGCGAGACGACUUCCGACAGAACCCCACCGACGUGGUGGUGGCGGCGGGAGAACCGGCCAUCCUGGAGUGCGUUCCUCCCAGAGGCCACCCCGAGCCUACCAUCUACUGGAAGAAGGACAAAGUGCGAAUCGAGGACAAGGAUGACAGGGUCACUAUCCGUGGAGGGAAGCUGAUGAUCUCCAACACGAGGAAGAGUGAUGCUGGCAUGUACAUUUGUGUGGGCACCAACAUGGUGGGAGAGAGGGACAGCGAGACGGCGCAGGUCACUGUGUUUGAGCGACCCACCUUCCUCCGCAGGCCCAUCAACCAGGUGGUGCUGGAGGAUGAGAUGGUGGAGUUCCGCUGCCAGGUGCAAGGAGACCCCCAGCCCAACGUGCGCUGGCGGAAAGAUGACAUCGAUGUUCCUCGUGGGAGGUACGAAAUCAAGUACGACAAGGACGACUAUGUGCUCAGGGUGAAGAAGGCUUCCGUCAACGACGAAGGCACGUUCGCCUGUGUGGCGGAGAACCGCGUGGGCAAGCUGGAGGCCUCCGCCACCCUCACAGUCCGAGAUCGCAGCGUCGCUGCCCCGCAGUUUGUCAUCCGUCCAAGGGACCAAAUCGUGGCCCAAGGACGCACUGCCACCUUCCCGUGUGAGACCAAAGGGAACCCUCAGCCGGCAGUCUUCUGGCAGAAAGAAGGAAGUCAGAAUUUGCUCUUUCCCAACCAGCCCCAGCAGCCCAACAGCCGCUUCUCCGUGUCGCCCAACGGCGCCCUCACCAUCUCGUCGGUGCAGCGGGCAGACGCCGGUUACUACAUCUGCCAGGCGCUGACCGUGGCUGGCAGCAUCCUCGCCAAGGCUCAGCUGGAGGUCACAGAUGUUCUCUCCGACAGACCGCCGCCCAUCAUCCGCCAAGGCCCGUCCAACCAGACGUUAGGGGUGGACAGUGUGGCGUUGCUCAAGUGCCAAGCGUCAGGUGACCCCAUCCCUUCCGUCAGCUGGCUCAAAGAUGGCGUCAGUCUACUGGGGAAGGACCCUCGCAUGUCCCUGCAGGAGCUGGGCAGCCUGCAGAUCAAAAACAUAAAGCUCUCAGACUCCGGCAUCUACACGUGCGUGGCUACCAGCUCUAGCGGAGAGACGUCAUGGAGCGCUUUCCUCGAGGUCAAAGAAGCUGGCGGUGUAACGCUCACAAAGAGCCACGAUGACAAUGAGCUCCCAGGCCCGCCCUCCAAGCCUCAGGUCACAGACGUCACCAAGAACAGCGUUUCUUUAUCCUGGCAGGCGGGGUUGGUGGGAGCGUCGCCCGUCAGCUCCUUUGUCAUCGAGGCGUUCAGUCAGUCGGUGAGCAACAGCUGGCAAACCGUCGCAGAUCACGUAAAAAGCACCCAGUACACCGUCAAAGGUCUGCGCCCUAAUACCAUCUACCUGUUCAUGGUCCGGGCAGUCAACAACCAGGGUGUGAGCGACCCGAGCCCCAUGUCGGAUCCUGUCAGAACACAAGACAUCAGUCCUCCGGCUCAGGGCGUCGACCACAGACACGUGCAGAAAGAGCUCGGAGAGGUCAUAGUUCGCCUGCACAACCCUGUCGUCUUGAGUCCCACCUCCAUCCAGGUCACGUGGACGGUGGAUCGCCAGUCCCAGUUCAUCCAAGGUUACAGAGUUGUGUACAGGCAGACAUCAGGACUACCUGCUCCGGGACACUGGCAGACGCAAGACGUCAAGGUCCCCUCGGAGCGCAGCGUGGUCCUCUCAUCGCUGAAGAAAGGCAUCGUGUACGAGAUCAAGGUCCGGCCUUACUUCAACGAGUUUCAAGGCAUGGACAGCGAGUCCAGGACGGCGCGGACCACCGAAGAAGCCCCCAGCGCCCCUCCUCAGCAGGUAACGGUCCUCACCGUGGGAAACCAGAACAGCACUUCUAUCAGCAUCUCCUGGGACCCCCCUCCGCCGGACCACCAGAACGGCAUCAUCCAAGAGUACAAGAUCUGGUGCCUGGGGAACGAGACGCGUUUCCACGUGAAUAAGACGGUAGACGCGGCCAUACGCUCCGUGGUGGUGGGCGGGCUGCAAGUGGGUGUGAUCUACCGAGUGGAAGUGGCCGCCAGCACCAGUGCAGGGGUGGGGGUCAAGAGUGAACCCCAGUCCAUUGUUAUUGGUAAGCCAUUCCAGGACGUGAUCAUCCAUGGCAACCGUAACAACAGCAUCACGGAGCAGAUCACCGACGUGGUGAAGCAGCCCGCCUUCAUCGCCGGCAUCGGGGGCGCCUGCUGGGUCAUCCUCAUGGGCUUCAGCAUCUGGCUGUACUGGAGGAGGAAGAAGAGGAAGGGUCUGAGCAACUAUGCAGUUCAGUCCUUCACCUUCACCCCUGCAGUGACGUUCCAAAGAGUGGACGGCGGUCUCAUGAGCAACGGAAGUCGGCCGGGCUUACUGAACGCCAGUGACCCGGGCUACCCAUGGUUAGCGGACUCCUGGCCCGCCACCAGCCUACCUGUCAACAGCAGCUCUGGGGGACCCAAUGAUCUCACUAACUUUGGCAGAGGAGAUAUCCCAAGUGGGCAGGGGGACAAGACAGGCACCAUGCUUUCCGAUGGAGCCAUCUACAGCAGCAUCGAUUUCACCACCAAAGCCAACUACAACAGCCCUGGCCAAACAUCGCAGGCCACUCCCUAUGCCACCACUCAGAUUCUCCACUCCGGCAGCAUCCACGAGCUGGCUGUGGAGCUGCCCGAGGCCCAGUGGAAGGCCUCCCUGCAGGCCAAGCAGGAGAUGGCCAACCUGGGCUACUCACUGCCUGACAAGAACUCCUGCAACAACACCCUCCUUUUCAUUCCUGACUACCGACUGACCGAGGGGCUGUCUAGUAGAAUCCCACACAACCAAUCACAAGAUUUCAGCACCACCAGCUCUCACAACAGCUCAGAGCGAAGCGGCAGUCUCUCAGGUGGGAAAGGAGGGAAGAAGAAGAAGACCAAGGCCGGAUCCAAGCCUGUUAAAGCCAACGGCUCCAGCUGGGCCAACGUUCCAUUACCCCCACCCCCUAUCCACCCUCUUCCUGGCACAGAAGUGGACCACUAUCCCACUGAGCACCACGAUGGAGGAGGAGGGUACGAAAGUGACGGCUGGGGUCCACCCAUGCCCGUGCAGACCUACCUCCACCAAGGCAUGGAGGACGAGCUGGAGGAAGAGGAGGAGAGGGUGCCUACCCCGCCCAUCCGGGGCGUGGCGUCCUCCCCGGCCGCCGUCUCCUUCGGGCAGCAGUCCACGGCCACCCUCACCCCCUCUCCUCGGGACGAGAUGCAGCCCAUGCUCCAGGCCCAUCUGGACGAGCUGACCAGAGCGUACCAAAUGGACAUGGCCAAGCAGACGUGGCACAUGCAAGGGGGCUCCCUCCCGCCCCAGGCCCCGGCCCCUCCGGUGAGCUACGUGUCAAGCACAAUGGUUUCCGACCUGGAGACCGACCUGCCCGAUGAGGAGGAGGAAGACGACGACGAGGAUGAAGGAUACGGGGCCAGGCAUCCACGCGGUAUCGAGCACACGCCGGGGUCGAGCAUGGACAACCUGGAUAGCUCUUUGACGGGCUCCAUGGUGAACGGCUGGGGCUCAGCCUCGGAGGACGAGCGUAAUUUCUCCAGCCACCGCUCCAGUUUGGGUAGCUCAUCCGAUGGCUCCAUCUUUACCCACUGCAGCUUUGCCCAGGCCCUGGUGGCCGCCGCAGACAAGGCGGGCUACCGGCUGGAGGGCACCAGCCUCAGCAAGCGAGAUAAAGGCUUGUCCCACAGGCCCCGGCCCAGCAGUCCAUUCUCAACAGAUGGCAGCACAGUGGGAACGCACAGUCUGGGCCACCAGAGGGCCACCAGGCCCACACGCAAACCCCGAAGCCAGGGCACAGCAGCCCACCGCAGGGAUGCUGCUGCAGACGACCUACCUCCACCCCCUGAACCACCACCCAGCCAGGGGCAGCCCCGAGCCCAGACGGGCCGAUGUAUCAACAGCAUGAUACCCCUUCCAGAGAGGAAGGCGGCCUCUCUGGAGCGCCCGCCCAUGUCGGGGCCUCUGUGUGGACAGGAGGACAGACAGAUGACACGCGCCACUCUGGAACAUCACCGCCAGGUUCAAGACAGACUGGGCUCCAUGGAGAGAGCUGACGAAGGCCGCAGGGGCCACAGAAACGAGGAGGGAUGCCUGCCAUACCAUAAACCGUCCUUCCCGUCACCCGGUGGCCACAGCUCGUCCGGUACAGCCUCAUCCAAAGGCUCCACGGGGCCCCGCAAGAACGAAGGCCCGCGGCAGCCGCAGCAGUGGACGGCCAUGGAGCACGCGGACUUCCUGGGGACCAACGGACAAGGACAGUACUCAGGAGAGUUAUGUAAUGGCCUGCUCAGCUGAGCACCCGGCCAAAUAAAACCCAUCACAGCGCCCUCCUCCUCCUCUUCGGGGAGGUGAUGACCUCUUGUCCGUGGCCCCGUGCGGACGCAGACGCUGCGUAGGACGCAGACAGGACGAGGACAAGACUUGUACAUGUUUGCCGUAUGAUGUAAAGACACAGACAUAUUGUACAUCUCACUAUGCUUUGCUUUUCAAGGAAAACUGUUUUUUCACCUCUUAACUUCGACUGUAUUUUCUGUUUUUUUGUCCAAAAAAACACACUUCCUGGUGACUGCCCCUUUUUUGUCAAGGGGGGGAAAAGGGGGUUUACUUUCCUGUAAAUAUCUUCUUUCUUGCUGUUGCUAUGCAAGCCUCCUUCAGUUUUAAAUUGUACCAUAUGUGAAUUGUGUGGCUGCUGCGCCAUUACAUUGUUUUUUUAACCAUUUUGUUAAUAGUCGCCGAUAAUUAAUAUUAUUAUUAUGAUGAAUUGUUUUUUGGUUUUUUUGCACUGCAACGUUUUUAGUGAUAAGCACAAAAGAGCAAGCUCCUGCUGACAUGAAGAAGGAGAAGAUGUGAAGAGGAGUUUCUGUACUGUAAAGUAACCAAGAAGAGAAUUAUAUACCAAAUGUACAGAGAGAUUUUUUUUGUUUGUUGGUUUUGACAGGAUGGCUCCAGCAACAAAAUGGUGGAGGAAGACAGGAAAGUGUCACUUUUGACGACCACGGUGAAUAUUUGGCCCGUUUUGGGGCAACUCGUUCAAUUCCUGCAAUGACCCAUGUGGACUUUCUUUUUUUUUUUUAAGAAGAUUAUUCCUGACAAGUGCACCACCAUAAUUGUUUACAUCUUUCUUAGGAAUUUUUAAAAUAUUUUUUUAGCCUUUUUUUAAUAUAAUUAGCUUUUUUUGGAGCACUUAAUCUUGUUUUUCUCGGCUAUUUAUUGAGUUUUCCGCCCUCAUCCGAGCCAAUUGCACAUGUUUUCGGCGCGCGUGCGGCUUCCGUGUCGCUAUUCCACGCCGAUGGAGACGAGCCUCGUACGUCAGGACACUUUGGAGCGCAACACAACACUUCAGAUGAUGUCGUCCUUCAUUCUUGGUUUGCCUUUUAGCGACUUUACCGAAACUGCUGCUUUACGACGAUGUUUCCAUGAUUCAUGUUCAGGAUUUUUGUGGUGAGUUUUAUGUCUUUUGUUUUUUUUCAUUGCCCAGGGGCCGCAGGUGACCCGCCCCUGCUUUAAAACGUGAAAGUUUGUUGUGGUGACGUCUCACUGAUUCAUUGGCACAGCGGCCAGUAUUCUGAGAAAUGAGGUGCAGAAGAGUAUCUCAGGUUAUUUGACAUUCUGCUGGUGUUUAUGUAUAUGUGUGUAUAUAUUUAAAUAUAUAUACAGUAUAUCCAUACUCCGCGACAUUCCGACUCCCCUGUCAUGUCCUUUUGUCUUUUUCCGCGGUGGAUUUUUACGAAGAAGUCACCUGGAUACAAAAAAAAGAUCAUCCAAAAUUGAGAUUGCUAUUUAUAAUGUCUAAUAGUGUUCCCUUGAUGCUCAUUGUUUUACUUUGACACCACAGCCUCUUUUUGUAUUUAUUAAAAAAAUGAUAAUAAAAAGUCUAUUGUGGAAUAUGCAUACAGAUUUGUGGUAUAUGAAAUGUGUGUGGUUUUUUUGGGGUUUUGUUUUUUUUUUAUGUAAAGUUGACCGUGUGAGGCGAGCGAACAUGAAGUCUCAUCAAGACAAAAGAGGAAAGGAAGAAAGAACUUGAUGUUUUUUCUCAAUAUUGUUGGUUCUUUGUCGCCUCUCUGUGUGUUGCCUUUUUUCCUAAUAAAAAAACACGAAAAAUGAUGAGAAAAAAGUGAAAUCUUUCUGUACAGUCCUGCUGGGGUGAUCCGAUGUCAUUUCUACAGUCCGUUCUUUUUUUAUUUGGACUUUUUCCUGUACAACACCUUCUGAAUUCACUUGCAUGUCCUGGUCCAAAAAGACAUCUCCACGUCCUGUAAAAUAAAGGCGUCCAAGCUCUUUUGUUUCCUUGUACCCGGCUCA